GUUCAAUGUACUCCAACCAUUUUUAUUUUUCUUAAUUAAGAGUUAAAUUGGCAAUUAAUUAGUAUUAUGAUUUUAAAAAUAUUUUUAUGUUUCAAACACAAAUAAGAAGUUGCUGCAAUUAGGUUUCAACAGAUCAAAGGAAUUAAAUAGGAUCCGGGUCUCUUGGGUCAUCAUCAUCCGAUCUUCAAAGUGAUGGCAUCAUCGUAAUUCUCACUUGAAACAUGGAAUCAGGAAAGAAAAAGAAAAGAAAUGAAAAAAUGACAACUUUCUGUUUUUGAAAAAGAAAAAGAAAAACAGAAAAAUGUCUACUUUUUUCUCUCUACUACUCUCCUCCCCACUUUCUCUCUGUCUCUCCGAUCCAUGAAAUUCUUCAUCUUUUCUUCCUUUUCUUUACAUUUCUUCUUCUUUGAUCCAUUACUCUAACUAAUCCAUUCAAAAGCUUCAAACUUUCCUCACUUUUCCAAGAAAUUCACUUCCUUUGACAAAAAAAACUUAGUGGGGUUCUCAAAAAUUUUCGCUAUCCAAAGUCCAAACCUUAAAAACCCCUUUUUUUUUUUUAAUUUUCGACCCAUUUUUUGCUUUCAAAGGGCAAAGUUCAACAAAGGGUAUUGUUUUUAAGGGAAAUGAGGGAUGUUUUCGUGGUUGGCAAGGAUAACUCUCGCUUGUUGGAGACCAGUGAGUCGAUAUGCCCGUAUGAACAAGGAUAAUAACAAUAGUAAUAAUGAUGAACUUGAAGAAGAUUCCUCUUCUUUAAGUAAUUCACUUCUUUGGUGUAGAGACCUUGAAAAACACUCUUAUGGUGAUUUCUCCUAUGCUGUUGUUCAAGCCAAUGAGAUCAUUGAAGAUUAUAGUCAAGUUGAGACCGGCAACGAUGCUACUUUUGUUGGUGUCUAUGAUGGACAUGGUGGCCCUGAUGCUUCUCGCUUUAUCUCCGAUCAUCUCUUCCAAAAUUUGCUUAGGCUUGCUCAGGCUAAUGGAACCAUUUCUGAAGAUAUUCUUAGAAGCGCUUUCUCUGCAACUGAAGAUGGAUUUCUUACUCUUGUACGUAGAACAUGUGGAAUAAAACCAUUAAUUGCAGCAAUUGGAUCUUGUUGUCUGGUUGGAGUUAUAUGGAGGGGGACAUUAUACAUUGCUAAUUUGGGUGAUUCUCGAGCUGUAAUUGGCUAUUUAGGUAGAUCAAAUAAGAUUGUUGCUGAGCAGUUGACUAAAGAUCAUAAUGCAAGUAUAGAGGAGGUCAGACAGGAACUCAGGUCAUUGCAUCCAGAUGAUUCUCAUAUUGUUGUUAUGAAGCAUGGAGCAUGGCGUAUUAAAGGCAUCAUUCAGGUAUCUAGAUCUAUUGGAGAUGCAUACUUGAAGCGGCCAGAGUUUUCUCUUGAUCCUUCUUUCCCACGGUUUCACCUUUCUGAACCCAUUCGACAACCUGUGUUAACAGCAGAACCAUCCUUGUGCACCAGGGAAUUAAAACCUAGUGAUAAGUUUCUCAUUUUUGCAUCUGAUGGACUUUGGGAACAUUUGACAAAUCAGCAGGCUGUCGAGAUUGUUUAUAACUAUCCACGAGCAGGAAUUGCAAGAAGACUUAUUAAAACAGCUUUAAACGAGGCAGCUAGGAAAAGGGAGAUGAGAUAUGAAGAUCUUAAGAAGGUUGAUAAAGGGAUUAGGCGAUUUUUCCAUGAUGAUAUUACAGUUGUUGUCGUCUUUAUAGACCACGAGUCGCUCAGCACAAAGAUGUCUGUUCCAGAGCUGUCUGUUCGAGGGUUCGUUGACACCAUUGGACCAUCAAACUUCAACAUUCUUUAAGGAUUGAUGCAAAGCAGCAAAUGCGUGGUCUAUCAUCUGAAUUAUUACCUUGUCACUUGAAAUAAUCGGUGGGGUUGUGGCGAAGUUCAGCAAGUUUCUUUAUGAAUUUUACUUUCCUUUUUUUUCUUCAACUGCUGAUAGCAUUUUUCUGAGCUUUUUUUUUUUUUCUUUCUUUUUCUCCCAUUACCAAGCAAGAAAAGUUUGAACUGAUUUUCAUUAGUAACUUUUACUUUGAUAUGCAACUUAUUAUAACCCCUAUAAGAGAAGCUACAUUUUCAUUUCUUUCUUUUUUUUUCCUUUUCUUCCUUUUCUAUUGUUUUCCCCCCUUCAUUUGGUUCCAGAUGAUUAUACAAAACGUGUAUAUUAACAGCAGAGUGUGUGUGUAUAUAUACAUAUAUAUAUAUAUAUAUUUAUAUAUAAGAAUUGUUCUUGUGUUUAUCAAAUGGAGGCAUGUGAAAUUAUAAUGAAAAGAUUUCUGAUUCAAUCCAAAACACGCAACUCUUCUACAAUCAAAUGGUAAUGUAAAAAAAUGAAUUGCAUCAUGUUCAUCUUCUGGACAUCAAGAGUGGAAAACGACAGGGAAAAAAAGGAACAAGAGGGGGAAAAUGGGAAAUAACUUGAAAAAAAAAAA